AUGGGCUCACUCACCAAUAACUCUACGAGAUAUGGCUUCAUCGGCCUCGGCGUCAUGGGCUGGGGCAUGGCGAACAACAUCAGGUCCAAAAUCGCCGAGUCGGACUCCCUUUGUGUUUGUGAACUGAGCAAGGAAAGGUUAGGUCAGUGGCUCGGCCAAGCUCCAGGCAAAGCGCCAAUAAAAGUAGCGCAAACACCGAAGGAGGUGAUUGAGCAGAGUGACGUUGUCUUCACUAUGCUGCCCGCCGGGACUCAUGUAGCCGAUGUCAUGACAAACCCUACAACAGGCCUUCUAUCAGCCGAUGCUUGCCAUCUCAAGAAGAAGCUGUUCUUCGAGUGCUCAACCAUCGACAUUGAGACUUCCCUGCAUAUAGCUAGCCAGGUCAAGAAGCUGGAAAAUUGCGUCUUCGUCGAUGCUCCCGUCUCUGGUGGUGUACAAGGUGCCAACAACGGUACACUGUCAUUGAUGGUCGGCUGCGAGUCCGAUGCCAUAUUCCAGCGCAUUAAACCAAUUCUCUGCCUUGUAGGAAGAUCUGAAAAUAUCUUCCACUGCGGUGGGCCAAGCGCCGGUCUCGCCACGAAACAAAUCAACAACUACCUCUCCUGCAUUACGAUGAUCGGUACAUGUGAGGUCAUGGCACUGGGUGAGCGCUCAGGACUUGACCCGACGAAACUUGCCAGCGUGCUCCGGGUAUCAACAGGAGGUUGCUACAACGCUGGCGACCAGAAUCCUGUAAAGGGCGUAUCUAGUCUAUCGUCUGCCUCGCGGGACUUUGAGGGCGGGUUUAUCACUGAGAUGGCCAAAGGUGUUUUGGAUAUGGCACUGGAUCAUGCUGAUAAAGUUGGAUCCAAAACAGUUUUGGGGAAUCUGGUUUCUGACUUUUACGCCAAGGCGGCAGUACAUCCCAAGUGCAAAGGCAAGGACUUCAGGUCAAUUUAUAAGCUGUUUAUUGAGAAUGGCGGUAAAGAUCUUGACCAAUUCUAA